AUGGUAAAGAAGUCAGUUGGGCUCUUCCGUCAUGGUACUCCCUGUAGCGCCGUAGAUAUUGUGGAUGAUAUUCUGAGCCUGAGGUCAGGAACUGCACGGAUCUUUAAUUUGCCAAAAAGCCCUUUUAGUCCCGCCCAUUUCUCGAGCGCCUGGGGCAAACUGAACUGGAUUCACGUGUUGGCCUCAGGGCCCUGCGCCUCAGUCCCCCGCGGCGAAAGUAAGCAAGCAGUCCGGCUGACCCUGCAGGAGCCGAGGCCCAGGCGGCGAAAUGCCAAAAAGUCAGUCUCCGAAAAAUUAAGUACAGCUCAAAUUAUAAUGAAUAAAAGCUUUACUCCCUACCUGUUCGAGUUGGUCUCAAGCAUCAGCAGGGACGUACUCCGCCAGGUGGUAGAAUGGGGGACUCCCAAGAGAAAGAAGAAUCAGACUUUCUGGAAUUACUUGAAAGAGGAGAAAGGAUAUACCACCGUGGAUUUGAAGAGUGGGUUUAACCACUCCGAAAGAGAGAAACUAAAGAAAAGUGAUAUCAGUAACUUCGAUGUGUCGCAGCUGUGCCAGUGCAUACAGUAUGGAUGCGAGGGACUAGCUCCGCCGAAAGACCCACGAUGGACGAAGCCCUUGGACACGCUCGAGUACUACGUGCUUGCCCUGAAGACGUUCAGGAAUGACUUCGUGCAUGAAGAGUUCACCGUCGACGACAAAGAGCUUUUCGUGGAAAAAGUAGAAGAACUAGGAAACCUGUUGAAUAAGAUUCUCAGGAAGGCAUCAGUGCUGUACAAUGUCGAUAUCACUCAUAUACUGCAGAAUCUUAACCAAAAAAUCGAUGAAAACAAAAGAAUACCUCUUUAUAGAGACAACAACAGUAAUUUCAUUUACGAAAAAAAUUGCCAUCUUGUAUAUAUCAACGGGAAACUGGAAUUAAAGGAAAAAUACCAAGAGAUGUCUAUUAUUGGGCCAGUCACAAAUUUACUAGAUAACAGCCUAAACGUAAAUGUACGAGUGGACAAGAUUUUUACCAAAAUGCAAAUAGAAGAAGAAAAAGCUAAUUCCUCUGAAUACGUAGAAUAUGAAAACCUUCUACAGUGUAUGGAGAACAAGCAAGGCCAUAAGGACAAUGUUGUUUUACUGGUUGAAGGACCGGCAGGGGUUGGGAAGACGACGCUCACUCGGAAAAUGAUCAGUGACUGGGCCUCAGAAAGAAUUUCCAUGGAGAAUCUCACAGAUUUCCACAUGGCCAUUCUAACCGAGUGCAGAAACAAAGACAUCUCCUGCCUUGAGCAACUCUUAAGCACCCUUAUGCCUAAAGUAAGUAAUGAAGUCCCAGAUAAUGAUUUGGUCAAGUACAUUCGCGACAGAAAGAUUUUGUUCAUAGUUGAUGGGAUUGACGAGCUUAAUCAGUCCUCAGACAAAGUUCUGGAAGAGAUAAUGAAGCUGGGAGAGACUGCUGACGUCACUGUUAUUUGCACAACUCGGCCUAACAGAGUAAGUGACUUCAGGCAAAGAGUACCAGAGAAUUUCGAGAUCAUUCACAUGAAGGUCAUUGGCAUAGAGGAGAGCAGAAGAGAAGAAUUUGUCAUAAAUUACAGCAGAGCUCUUAGUGAUGAAGGCCAGAGAGACAUAUCGGGUCUCCUUCAAUAUUUGAAAGAAAGUCGCUUGCACGACCACUGGAAACUAGCUUUCAACUUGGUCCUUGUGACAAUACUGUGGUUCCUUGACCCUGAUGCUGUCAACAAGAUGACAACAGCAACUGAACUUUUUAUCAAGACGCAUGAGUUAAGUCAGAAAAAACUGAAACAAAGAUUGCUUGAUCAUAAGAAAAAUGGAAGGUUAGACUCUGACAGAGUAAGUGAAAAGAUAGAUACAUUUCUCAAGAAGUUAAGCAAAGAAGCUUUAAACAACCACUACAGAGACGAUACAGUGUUAUCUUCAGCUUCAGUGGAGAGGCUCAUGGAUGUAUGUAAAAACCUCCAGUUGCCCACAGCAGAGGUCCUUGGAUCUUUCCUGCUCCAUGCAGUUUCAGUGACAGAUAAAACUUUAGAAAAGUAUAGCUUUCCCCACAAGGGGCUUCAGGAUUUCCUCAGUGCGCUCCAUAUUAAGGAAAAUCUUAUUAGUCAUGACAUGGACAUUUCCCGAAUAAUGCAAGGUAUUAGAAUCACACUUCUUCUCUGCAAUGUAUCAUCAAACGCUGGUGCGCACAUAUUAGAAGUAAACAAGAAAAAGUUACAGGAAUUAGAAUGGAACGUAUCAGAUUCAUCAACUAUCUAUAGUGUUCUGGAAAAUACAGUCAAAGAGGCACAAAUAUAUGAUGCUAAUGAGCACAAUGUAGCAAAGUUGGAUUUGGUCAAAUGUCAGAAUAUCUUCAUUCACCUGACUGGCCUUCUGUACCACAGGGGAAAAUCCCUAAAGGAAGACAGAUGUAAGGAACUGGUGAGCUUACUGAGAGACUCUGGCAUCAAUAACAGGUCUGAGUGGCUAAGCCUGCUGUCCGAGGUCAAGUGUGACGAGACAGUCAGCAAAUGCAUCGCACAGGCCAUGGACCUCAAGGAGAGGAUAGAAAUAACCGACAGCCAAGUAACAGCGUACGCGAGUGUCCUGAGCCACGCGCGGCCUUCGCAUGUGGAGAUCGACAUUAGCGGGGACCCGCAGGACGUCCCUCGCAUCAAGGACCUUCUCUGCAUUCUCCGGGCAAAGAGCUGGAAGAUAGACCUGCGCUUUCAACACGACUUUCGGCACAUGAAGGGCCGCGCCAGCACCCUCGAUGAAACGCUGCAGGAAUACUUUCGAAGUUCAAAGGCCAAACUCACCUGGUUCAACGGGCGGCUGAGCAGUCUGGCCACAAAGGCGUUGCCGUCGUGUCUUCAGUAUCUCGAACUGGCAGUGAAAAAUGACGAUCACUACAGAGAGCUGCUUCCUCUUCUGUCCUCGCUCGUAAGGAAACUCCCCCGUCUUGAGUGGCUCGGAUUACAUGUGGCAGAGGGGAUAGACACGAAGUUGCUGAAGCCUCUGCCGAAGGUCAAUCGCCUAAGCCUCACAAUUGACAAAGUAACUGAUGCGACAAUUGGGUGGGCGUGUAGUGUUGCCUCUGAGCUUAGGCCGUCUCCUAAAAAAGGGUACUUCAGUCUCGUAUUGCCCGACAUCCUGAAAAGCAAGGACGCGUGUGAAAGUCUCGUGGAUGUGCUCGCCCGCGCCGGGGUGAGGGUGGAGGGGGAGAUCAGGGCGUCGCCUUCAAGCUCGGUAGACGAUGGGCGGCAGAGGCUGCUUGACGACCUCACCCGCAACACCUUGGGCUGCUUCUUCGAGGCGUUGGACGAUGACAUAUGGCAUCAAAAGCCUCGAGAUAUCCUGAGAAACUUCAACAUGCAGCGACAUCAAGAACAUUUCGUCUGAGAACUUCCCCUGAACUUCAGUGAACGCGCACGCAAACAGGCCAACGCAACGCUUCCAAAGAGAGAAAACAUUUGAUCUCUGCGACGUCAGGGGUGGUUGGUUCAUCAUAAAGUGUUUAUUGAUUGUAUAUUUCUGUGUACUGCAAAGAAACUGAUGUAGUUGAAACAA